AUGCCUCUUGCCGCCCUCAUUCCCGUCCUUGGCAUGGUUGUCGGCGACGCCCUGAGCGCCACUGGCGCCGUCGUGAACUGCUACGCUCUUCACCACUGUGAGAAGCGCAGUGUUCCUCCCGAGCAGCCUUUCGCCACCGUCAUCGAACAUGUCAAGCAUGACGCUGUUGGUCCUUGCAACGUUCCCCAGUACAACUUUGAUCAGUGCCAGGACCAGCUCCGUGGCGUCACCGUCACCACCUCCAUUCCCGCUGAAGGACAGGCUCAGUUUGACAAUAUCCCUCCUGCUUGCAUGAAUCUUGCUGGUGUUCUCACCGGUGGCUGUGGCGUCUCCGGCCCUCGUCCCCAGCCUUGCGGCUCUGCUUGCCUGCUGUACACCGGUCUCUCGGGCGACGAUCUCAGCAAGCUUUCCCAGGUCCUUGCUCCCUACGCUCACUAG